GUGCAGUAUAUGUCACCCGCGUCCUUGACUUCGAGUUCUCUAUCUAGACAGAGCCAUAAUAGUGAAGAGGAGGCCGAAUGCCUUGAGUUGGCCAAUGCUGCACUCAGCCUCACUCCGCAUAUUAUGCAAAACCCAACUGAGGCCAAGGCUGGAGUAAUCCGCAUCUAUGGCAAGGCUGCCAGAGAGCACACUUCCUUUAUUACUACUCGCAUCCACGAGGGUGCGCUGCAGGAGAUUCGCGUCGAGGCUGACGAUAGAACUCGCGUGACUUUCCAGCUUGCAAGCGCGGCCGUCGAGUUCCUGAAGUCCAACCGCGAGAUGCAACAGCUCCUGGGCUACGGUCGCUUCGGCACCGGUUAUCACGUCGAGUUGGCGGAGAUUGUGGACUGGAAUGAUGACCUCCGCCGCAUGAACCAGCCGAUCCGGGAGCGUCGCCGCCUCUCUUUCGCCAGAAAGAGACUUUUUGCGGAGGGCAUGACUCCUGACAAGUGGAAGCAUGAUAUUCGCCAGCUCGCGGGUCCUGGCGCUAUCGACUUUCUUUGGGUUUUCAAUUCCGCUAACUGGCCUGUAGCUACUGCUGUUUUCAACAGCACCAUUGUCGCUCGCCGCGUGCUAGAGACAUUCGAGAAUUGGAAAAACGGCCGCAACUUUUACAGUGGUGUCUCUGUGACCUACUCCUCUGAUCCCUGUGAGAAGGAGCUCGCCUUAGUUCGCGAGAGCCGUGCCAACAUGGGCAGAGGCUAUGUGAAGCGGAUCAUCCGCUGAUUGAAUAUGUCCUUCAUCUGGGUAGAAUUAUCCCAUCACGGUGAUGAUUAAACCCGAGGACAAAAGACAUUAUCUGAUCGAUCUGGAUUUACAACAUGCAACUGGUGCGAGGAUCUUCGGAUUC